UCGCUGCGUGUGUUUCUCGUGUGUGUUUUUUUUUCUUCAGCCUGUUCUUCACUCACACUCUCGCUCAGCAGAGAUUCAGUGGUGGAGAGCAAAAGAUUCUCACUGAGAGGGGGGAAAGGCAGAAAAGGGAAACUGAUUUCCUUUUCUCCUCUUAUUAAGAAUUGAGAAGCAGAAAAAAAGGUACAAAUAUAGUGUUUAUUUUGGGGGAGGGGGUACUCUCAUCAGCCCUGCCUCUUCCACUGCACGUGCUCAGCUCUGCACAACUGUGUUCCCAGAUGGAGAGGAUGCAGGGAGAGGGAGAGGUAGACCACCUGGAGCAACCAAGCCCACUGACUGACAAGGAGAGGGUGAUUAUCCAGGACUCUUGGGCACAAGUCUACCAGAACUGUGAUGAUGUUGGAGUGGCCAUACUAGUCAGGCUGUUUGUGAACUUCCCUUCAUCCAAGCAGUACUUCAGCCAGUUCAAGCACAUUGAGGAGCCGGAGGAGCUGGAGCGGAGCACCCAGCUUAGGAAGCACGCUCGCAGAGUCAUGAAUGCCAUCAAUACACUGGUGGAGAGCAUUGACGACUCAGACAAGGUGGCCUCAGUGCUGAAGCUGGUGGGAAAGGCCCACGCACUCCGACACAAGGUGGAGCCUGUGUACUUCAAGAUCCUGAGUGGUGUGAUACUGGAAGUCCUGGGGGAAGAGUUUCCAGAGGUUGUUACACCAGAGGUGGGCGCAGCAUGGACUAAACUCUUGGCUACAGUCUGCUGUGGCAUCACAGCCAUCUAUGAGGAAGUGGGCUGGACUAAGCUCUCAACUUCAACCGGGUGAAGUUUUCUAGUGUGGUUUUAUUGGACCAUGCAUACCAAAAGACUUUCUUUCUUUCUUUCUUUCUUUCUUUCUUCUUUCUUUCUUUCUUUCUUUCUUUCUUUCUUUCUUUCUUUCUUUUUUUGGCCAGGGCCUCAUAAAAGGAAUCAACUGACUAAGAUAAUACUGGGCUAUGGAACGUAUACUCUAAUGUAAACAACAAUGAAAACUGGUACUGUGCCCAAUUUCAUGGCUAGCAGUGUGUGUUAUGUAUGUAUGUGUGUGUAUGAGAGGGAAAGUAAAAAACUGAAGGCUCUCCUCCUUGUUUUUGUACUCUUGUAAAGGACCAAACCAUUUAAAGGAGAGAGCAAAGAGAGAGAAAAUGCAAACAUAAAACCAACAGUGGACGAGAGGUCACAUUUGACUUAGAUGUGCCUUCUACUGAAUGUGUAUAUCUAGAAACUGCCAGGUAAAUACCAUUCUUUCUAAAUAUCGUUAUGUUUUUCUGAUGUUUCCUUUUAUCAGUCUGUAUCCACAUGUGUCAACCUUAUGAGAUAUUAAUAGACAUUUUUACAUUUUUAACAAUUAACUGUGCUGAUUGUACAUUUUUUCAUUAUGAUUCACCUUUGUAUCUGUAUUCAACCAGACUUUUAAAUAAAAUUACAAAAAAACAAUGUGACGUCACAGCGCAGCAUCAAAUCCUUUUAAACUUGUAUCUGCCUUAAUCUGAUUUCCCUUACAUUUCUACUCAUGGACAUGUCGACAAAAUUAAACCUUUCUUUUCUCUC